CCUCAUUGCCUCUUUGUCAUCGUGGGGUCGUGAAGACGCGCACCUGCUAAGCCAGACCAACGACGGGGCACGCCGCGCCCCUUGAUGCACUCGGCAUGAAUUUCGAGUCUGUCCCCAUAGACGCCGACAAGUUCCUCACCGAGUCCACCCUGGUGGCGGCGGUGCUGGUCUUCGUGCUGGUGGUGCUGCUGGUGGUGAUGCUCGUCUGCCUCACGCUGCGGCUAUUGAGGUGCGGCCAGGAUUUCUGCAACAGAGGGGUUCAUCGGCCAUCUAAUUCCGUCGUGGACCGAAGACCUGCUGAUAUUCAUACAAUCCAUGUCCGCCACAUCAGUGUGGUACACACACCCGCGGAGGAGCAGGCGUCGAGUGAGGAGGCCGUCCGGCGCCGCACGCCGCCGCCACGCUACUCGGAGGUGACAGACACCCUCCCGUCCUACGGCACUGCCACCAGGGGCAUGGACGGUGCCGUGGGUCGCGGAGGGCAACAGCCGAACCAUAACAGCAGCCCCGACUCGGUGUUCUUCUCCGGCACCCUCGGGGAAGAUUCCCAGGAUCACAAAGUGCCCUACCUCAGAAUGGUGCCCCCCACGCCCUCGGAUGCGUCUCCUCGCGUCAGCCAGUGAUGGACAAGACACACGCGUGCUGACAUGGUGUUUUUAUGGUUUUAUGCGGUUUUUAAAAGAUUAGAGUUCCAGAAAUAAUCUGUGUAUUAUUAUCCAGAAAUAAACUUUUUUAUUGUAAUCAUUA